AUGGCGUCACCGCAAAGUCCCUCGAAGAAUCGCGCCAUGGGAGCCUAUCAUGAUUCCGUGUUGUCAUACGGGCCUCACGACCGCGACCUCGGCGCUGUUGUUUUGGGCAAUAUCAACACAAUCAAUCUCACCUGCGAUUUUCUAGACACCUUAUCUGUCAAGGCUAACGUGUUAGAGGUUAUCACAACGCCCGAUUUAUCCCCUUCUACUCUUUCAACACCGCACCAUCAACUAGCAGGGGAUCAUCCGGGCCCUUGGAAUCCCAACCGGGAGCCUUACCCUCGAGAAAAGGAGCGUCAAUCGCAAUGGCAGUCGCUCCAGUGGCUUAUCCAGAAGAUUGAUGGCUAUCACCAGGGGCUCCAAAAAUGCCGUGGUCAGGAUGUGCCAGCUGAUUUGAAGAACUGGUUGGAGAAGUACCGCUCGUCAGGGAAGGUUAGAAAAGUCGGUCUUCGCACACUAGGGGAUAUCUUGCUCAAAAACUCUCCCAUCGAUUUUGAUGCUGCUCUGUGCGCUGUAAUCGUUCUACAUGCCACCCUUAAUUUCACCAAGGGAAAUCAGUUCGAUGGAGGUGUUAAGUCUGCAUUCGCAAGGUGGAAAGACGUAAGAUCACUAACCCAGGCUAACCGAGAAGCCCUCGACUAUCUAUUCGAGCAACUAAAUAGAUCAUACGAUCUGUUGCGGCCAGACGCUCAACCAGACUGGCCUCAAACCCUUUUGAACACACGCCUUGAAGGAACUGGAACUAAGUUCACACGUCCGCCGCCUUAUUACCCGCCGGUCAUGAAUGAGACCUCUUUGUCUGACCCGCCUCCGUACGGCUCCCAGAACUACGAUAUAGACGUGAAUGGGUGGUCCUCGCCCUUACUUAGUUUCAUACCUGGUGCAGAAUAUCCGACUUCUAAUCCUCCGAACAAACCUCAACCAUCAAGUCCUUAUAUUCCAGGCGUAUCUGAAAACUUUGUGUCCUCUUCGGGGAUGGGUAUGGAAUAUAAUUUUCAGAGUUUCUCGACAUACCCCCAACCACGUAGCCCGAACCUGCCGUACAAUCCAUCCCGAUCCUAUCAUCAAUUCGAGACACCAAUAGAUAUGGCCGACUUAGGUCAAUCGAUGUCCUUCCUAAACUUUAUCAACUUCCUAAAUGACUUUGUCGAGCGCGGCGACCUACUUCAUCUUUUCUCUCACGUAGACAAGGACCCGAUCCGUUGGAUUGGCCUGCCAACUACCUACAACGCCCUAGCUGUCGGAAGCGAGUUGCUACUAAAAGCCGAACGAUCUCUCUUUAGCCCUUUAGAGAAUUCGCCAUCAAUUCAGGACCCAUUAAUACAAGCGAUGAUUUCAACCACACGAUCGUUGGCGUUGCUUGGUGGAGUGACAUCCUUGGCAAGAAUGGCAGACUAUAUGGUUCACUUGAGUAUUAACCUACUACCAAACCCCCAAUCCUAUCGCAACUUCCUACGGAUUGUGUUGUUGCAGGCUGUGCCUGGGUCUUCUAUACAGAAUAGAUAUAAACAAUUCAUAAGCAUUCGAGGCCUGAUCCAGGGGCAAAGCGCGUGUGUCGAACAGUACUUGGAUGAGAUAACAAGGGAAUUCCGCGGGGUGUAUUAUCCUGUGCACCUCUUUCGAUCACAAGGUCCUCGUCCAGGGGAUUGUCGGAUGCAACAAGCUAGACAGCCUACUCUCCCCUCUCAGACAAGCAGCAGUCAUCUCACCUCAUCCAUCGUUGACUCGUCGGAUGGGACAGCGGGGCGAAGUAUUUUCGAUCACAGCAAUACCGUACCUGGCUCUUACGACACGGCACCUUCUAUUACCAGCACGGUACAGUGCGAGUGUGGCAAGACGUACAAGGGCAAAAAUGCUGGAUCUCAUCUAUCGCGCCAUAAGCGAUCUCAUCAAAAUUCAAACACGUCAUGUCCUAUCUGUGGGAAGGUCUUCAACCACACACGUACUGACAAUAUCCGAACCCACUGUAAGAGUGUCCACGGCACAACCCUGCCUGGAAAUGGCAGAGAAUUCUGGGCCUCGCAGAUUCCGCAGCAGCCCGGACCCUCGAGCAGCUAG